AUUCUUUCCGGCAAAUGCAUUUGUUUUCAGAUCCUCCGAUUCGAAUACCAGUGCUUCCGGUCUCCUCUCUAGAAAAGGCCUUUUUGGCAAAUCUGGCGUUUUGAACACGGAGGCGGGCAUUUCAACCGAGAAGGAUGUUUUGAAGCUUGGAAAUGAUAAACCGAAUGGAGAUGGAAAUGAUGAAGCAAAUACAUCGGGUUCCGGAGCUGACAAUCUCGAGAUUGACUCUUCCAAAGAAAAAGAGGAAGAUCAGGAGAAUUUGGACAAGUUAGCAGAAGGAGAGGCUGUUCAUGAACAGGCAGAAUCAGGCUCACACCUGCAUGCGGAAUCUGAGCGUGGUGAUUCGACAAGAGUAGAUCAAACAGAGACGGAACAAGGAGAAACGCAGCAAUCAGUCACAUCUACUGAAAGUGAGUCUGAGUAA